CGGUCGGGUCACGUGGGAGGGGCUGGAGGCGAGGGCAGGAAUCAUGGCACUCUGGCGGGCAUACCAGCGAGCCCUGGCCAAUCACCCGUGGAAAGUACAGGUCCUGACAGCUGGGUCCCUGAUGGGCCUGGGUGACAUUAUCUCACAGCAACUGGUGGAGAAGCGAGGUCUGCGGGGACACCAGGCUCGCCGGACCCUGAUCAUGGUCUCCCUGGGCUGUGGCUUCGUGGGCCCUGCCGUAGGAGGCUGGUACAGGGUCUUGGACCGUCUCAUCCCUGGCACCAGCAAGGUGGACGCGCUGAAGAAGAUGCUGUUGGAUCAGGGGUGCUUUGCCCCAUGUUUUCUAGGCUCUUUCCUCUCACUGGUAGGAGCACUCAAUGGACUGUCAGCCCAGGACAACUGGGCCAAGCUGCGGCGGGACUAUCCCGACGCCCUCAUCACCAACUACUAUCUCUGGCCUGCUGUGCAGUUAGCCAACUUCUACCUGGUCCCCCUUCAUUACAGGUUGGCCGUUGUCCAGUGUGUCGCGGUCGUCUGGAACUCCUACCUGUCGUGGAAGGCCCACCGGCUCUAGGCUAGCCUCACCCCGAUGUCUGUGCAGACAGUGCUGUGGCUUGACCCCAGCGCGCUCAGAGAGCCUCCUCGAAGAGGGCACAUCGCUUUUCCUGGGGUACCGUGGUCACUCAGAACCUAAUGGACUGAGCACCUGACUUCUUUUGAAAUCAUUACAACAUUUAUAAUGGUCUUAUCCCCACCAUGUGGUAGGCACCCCAUAAAUGCGUAUGGUCUUGUCUGCUGUGACUCACCCCUGUAUCCCACAGGGCCAUCGCCCCCACUUACCACAGACACAUCUGCUCUCUAACCUUCCCAGCCCAGCUGGAGCUCCGGCUCUUUGGGGGCCCCGAACCUGUAUAUGACGCCUCCACAGAUGUGUUUGGUAAUUAUGUAGUCUGAAAGCUGUAGACGUGACGAGGGCCCCAGCAGAAACUAUGGGGCAGUCAAUUUCUAGAGCUGGGAGGAAGUCUAGAGACAGCCAAUCCCGAUCAUCUCCUAUGGAGGAGCAUACUCUGGUGUGCUCACAAAAGUGAGGUGACAUGUCCACAGCACCAGCCAGGGGCAGAGUGGAAACUUGAAUGCACAUGCUAUGGAUGAAUGUUUGUGCGCCCUCCAGGAUUCAUCUGUUGAAAACCUAAUGCCCAUGGUGAUGGCAUUAGGCAGUGGGACCUUCAGAGGUGAUGAUGUCAUGAGGGAUUCGUGCCUUUUUAAAGCAGCCCAGACAGAUCUCUUACCCCUCCCACUGUAUGGGGACAUAGCUAGAAGGUGCUCGCUAUGAAAGUUAGCCAGCUGCUUCUCUCCUGAUAGCACAUCUGUCAGCGCCAUGGGCUUGGACCUCCCAGCUUCUAGAACUGUGUGAGCAAUAAAUGUUUGCUGUUUAUAAGAUA